CCUCUUCUCCCUCGGCGAACGUGGUGUUUGUGGCAGGCCGUUCCUCUCCAACAUGGCGACUGACAGGCGGAGACGCACGCUCCUCCUCGCUUCCUUCGUGGUUUUGCACGUCGUUUCGCGUUCCUGGGCCAAGCCCGGCGUGGUGGAGCUCGAUGAAGACAAUUGGCACCAGAUGCUCGAGGGGGAGUGGAUGGUGGAGUUCUUUGCCCCUUGGUGCCCUGCUUGCAAAGCCUUGAAGCCCAUUUGGCAAGACUUUGCAACCUGGAGCGAUGACUUGGGCAUCUCCGUGGGACAGGUGGACGUCACAAACUCCCCAGGAUUAUCAGGUCGCUUCAUGGUCACUGCAUUGCCCACAAUUUAUCACGUAAAGGAUGGAAAGUUCCGACAGUACCGGGGAUCUCGAGACAAGGAUGAGUUCAUGAGCUUUGUGGAGGAGCGGCGAUGGCAGGAGGUGGAAGAGGUCCCUGCGUGGAAGUCGCCGGCUUCCUUCCAGAUGUCGGUUGUUUCGCAGUUUUUCAAGCUCUCCAUGGUUCUCCGAGGAGUUCAUUCAGUCUUAGUGGAAGACUAUGGACUCCCGACAUGGGGGUCAUACCUUGUCUUUGCCCUCGCCACCAUUUUGGUUGGUGCUUUGCUUGGCUUGAUCCUGGUGUGUAUCAUCGAUUUUGUGUUCCCUCCCAAGGCACCAGGCCCAGCUCCGGUUGUCACGUCAGCUGGUCUUAAAGCAGAUGAUGAUGAGGAAGAUUUAGUAGAAGAUACUAAAGCAAAGAGUGAAGAUGCUGAGGAGGAGUCACAAGGACAAGAAGAAAGUGAUGAUAAAGAGGAAAGAAAGAAAGCAGGUAGUGGAGAUGAGAAUGAAGAUGUAGAAGAGGAUGAGGAUGAGGAGGGAGAGGAGGAACAGAAAGAGAAGGAGGAAGAAGAAAAGAAGGAAGAAGAGGAGGAGGAGGAGGAGGACUCUCAAGCUGAAGAAGACAAAGAAUCAGGAAGCCCCAAAACCUCUCCAGAAGUGAGGCGGCGACGGCCAAGGAAAGCAGACUAGCUGACUAGGUCCUUUAGGUUAACCCCUUUAUCCCCUUCUAAAUGGGUCUUUAGUGGGACUCGCAUUCUCUCGUCUCUCUUUCUCUCUCUCACUCUCUCUGGCUCUCUCUCUCUCUCUCUCUUUCCCUGCCGAUGACUCGCAACCAUGAGGCAUUUGAAGCUAACUUUCAAGGGAUGAGCCCAUGACCACGGAACCUGCUUGACUGUUUAAUGAGAGCAGCUGAUGCUGGCAGAAUUAACUUUAUUUUCCUCCCUCCCUCAUUAUAAAUGGCUUUUUAUUCACAUUUGCUGAUGGGUGUUGACUCCAUGGCAUUUAAAUUUUUGUCUUCUACUAAUGCUGUUUUUAUUUUUUUAUUUGAUUAUUGUUUUUUAUUUUUUUCUCUUGUAUUUUAAGAUUUUACCAUGCAUACAUUUUGUCCAUGAAGAAUCCUUUGGUGUAUAGAUUUAUGUAUGUGCAUUAGUAUAUCUUGUCUUGGUGCUCUUAGGUAGUCUUUGCAUUCCCCUUCCCCCCCUCCUUGCCUCACCCACCCAGUCCCAUUGCCCCCCCCCCUACCACCACACCUCCAAAAUAGGACAAAACUUGUUAAUACAUGUUUAAGAAUAUUCCAUAUGAGUGGGCUUUCACAUGAUAGGUUUUUGGUGAUAAUAAAGUAUAUUUUCUUUUUUUCUCUUGUCUCCUCUUCUUGUUUUUUAACAGUUUUUGACAUAGAUUUCAUAAUGCUUCGUGCCAGUAACAAUUGCCAAAUAUUACCCUAUGCUUCAAAUUCAUAAGAACAUCUAGGAAUACUAAUAAUCAUAUUGCUGUUUACUGUUGACUUUGGUUUUUGCUGGUGUGAAAUGGAGUCACUAAUUGCAGCAUUGAAAAUAAGAUGCUGAUAAAGCUUAACCAGAUUCUAUAAUUGAUAUUCUCUCUCUCACUUUCUUUCUUCCUCAGAUUAUUUAAAAGAAUUUAGUGUUGACUUGAUAUUUUCUUUUGAAGUCCUUUAGUUUUCUCUCUCAACCCCUUCCCGACGGGUCACGUGUACAGGCGUCAUAACAUACUGCUUGGUCUGUGGAGUAUGGCUGUACACACAGCAACGUGCCAGACCGCAUGGAGCAUGAAGUUCUACUAUAUGUAGCAGACUCAAGUGCCCAGCAUCAGGACAUUGCCAGAAAUCACCAGAGUUUAUGGCGCUCAUAGAUUUCUGAUACCUGUCAGUGUUGGGCUCUGCCUGUCUGUCCAUCUUUUAUUCAUGUGCAAUGUUAAUGUGAAUACCUUUUUCCUAUAAAAAUCAUCUUGCCACAUGCAUCAAUCUGAUAUUGAUUUUUUACAAACUGGUUAAUUGUUGACAUUCAGAAAUGUUAUCAAGUAGCCAGCUUAGGAUGGUGCUCAGGGGAAGCACCUUGUCGGUGUUGGGAUAGUGAAAGAAAUGCACCAAGGUCUUUCUGUAUGUAUCGGCAAAUGAGGUUGACUGUUCCACCCCAGAUUUUUCUCUCUCUCUCUCUCUCUCUCUCUCUCUCUCUCUCUCUCUCUCUCUCUCUCUCUCUCUCUCUCUCUCUCUCUCUCUCUCUCUCUCUCUCUCUCUCUCUCUCUCUCUCUCUUUCUCUCCCCCCCCUUUUUUUCUUACUAUUUUCUUUUUCUUCUUCCUUUUUUUUCUUUGUAUUUCAUUGUAAUUUUCUUAUUUUCUCUUCCAUGCUUUAAGACAAACAUCCUUAAGGUUGAUGAGCUUGUUUAUGUGGAUGAGAAUAACUAGGGUAUUUCACCUAAGAGUAGAACUUCGUAUAACAUUUGCACUAAUCCCUAGGUAAGCACACAUCUCUCCUGGAACAAGCAAGUCGAACACUUAAAGUGUGAGUAUCAAGUGUUCAGUUGAUGUUUUACUCUGGAACUUUGUCUCAGCACUAUUGCUGUGGAACACUUUUGCUUUCAUUAUAUAUUUUUUCACUUAUAUUAAGUUUUAAAGGCAUGGAGAAUGAAGGUAUACACUAUUGGUCAUGCAGAUUGCUCACUGGAUGGAAGGUUGAUAUUGUGAUAGCUGUUAAUGAUAAUACAGUGAUAUCAUGUAGUUUUGUAGACUCAUCCAGCCAGUAAAUUUAGAAUGUUAUCAUUAUUACUAUUAUCAUCAUUCUUUUUCUCCUCUAUUACUCUGUAUUAGUUACCUUUAGUCAUAAGACAAACUUUGAACUUUCAAGUGAAAAAGAAAGAAAAGUCGAGUUGGUAUUCUCAUAACAUCAACCAUUUGAUUCUGUAAAGAAGGUUGGGACGAUAUUUUCCUCAGUAUUAAUGUUACAGUGUCCUUGCAAUUGUGAUUGUUUAUUUUUGUAAAUCAGUUUCUCUUUUUUUAGAUUAUACAAAAAAAAAUAAAAUGAAAGUAGUAGAAUUAGAGACUUGUGUUACUAAGAUUUUUUUUUCUUCUUUCUCCCUUUCACUUCAUAAUCUCCUAUUCCUCACCAUUCUGUUUGUAUAGUUGAUCUAUCUGAUAGUUCUAGCAUAUCAGGAUUAAAGAAUUGGCCAAUGUAUGUGAAUACUAUCUCUUUUUUUUUGCCAGUACUUCUGUUAGAUAAGGCUCUGGAAAAACUAUGAAGAUGGUAAAAAAAUAAAAAAAAAGGUGAUGAUUAGAAAUUUUGGAGUUUGUCUUAUCAAUAUUUCAGAUAAUUUUUGUAUGUCAGAUUUGCAAACUUGUAGAAAUACAGGGAUGGGAUUGUUUCUACUUCUGUAUGAAUUUGGGUGUGGUAAAGUUUAUUUUUGUCAACAAUCUCAGAUUAUGCCACAUCUAGCAUCAAAGUUGAGAAUUGAUUUCUAUAGGUAUUGUAACUAUUAUGAUCACUGUUGCUGGCAUUAUUUUCAAAAUUAUUAAAAUUAUUAUUAUCAUUAUCAUCAUUAUUAUUAUUAUUAAUGUAUUUGUAUUUCUAAGAUUAGUGUAUGUAAUUAAUUUGAUAUACACCAUUACCUCAUUUUGAUUUUUUAUUUCUAACUACUAACUGAAAUAUUUAAAAAAAAAGAUUCUAACAGUAACAUAUUAACAUUAAAUCCAGUCUCUCCGACUUCCAUAUGGGCUGGAUAUUUUCCUUUUUCUUUUUUUUUUCUCCAUAGAGCUUGGUUAUGAUUACAAAUGUGAUACAAAUAGCAUUAUGAGAAAAUCAAACACCUGGAAGAUCAUUUUGGUGCUGCAACUCUUCUUCCAGUAUGCAGGGAAGGUAAAAGCAAUAGGCUCUUCGACCUAAUGAGCUAGCACUGCAUAUAGCAUCGUCUGGUCUUGCCCUUCUCUGAAAACAGUUUUGCAGAGCUGAUGUCCACUGAUGUUGGUUGAAUGGAAAAUAAACAAUACUUAGUCCAUAGAAAUGUAUCCUAUUUGGGACCCAAGUUAUUACACCAUGCACCAUGUACUAAAUCAUACCCAUGUUCAUACUGAACAAGCCUAUGAUCUUCAUGCUUUGUAUGAUUAUGUGUGCAUAAUUAUUAUUUUAUAAAUAAACACUUUUAUAAG